GUGGUAAUCCUCUGUGUAUAUAUUAUUAUAUUAUAUAUAUAAACACCCUUUGGUUUACACCUUUUUCUACACUAGAUAAUUCCAACUCUUCCUUUCUCUGUCUCGGACAGAAUUUUUGAAUCAUGACUAAUUUUUUUAUAAUCUUUUCUGGGUUGAAACACAAAUUGCUACUCGUAUUGUUGGUUGUUCCAGUAUUGGUCUCUGCGGAGUGUUCAUGUGACUUAGGAAAUGGGGAAAAACGAAACAAAAGAGAAGCUCUGAAAUUCAAAUUAACAGCAAUAGCAUCAAUACUAGUAGCAAGUGGAAUUGGUGUCUGUAUACCAAUUCUGGGUAAAAGAGUAUCAGCAUUAAGACCAGAAAACAAUAUAUUCUUUAUGAUAAAAGCAUUUGCGGGUGGAGUUAUAUUAGCAACAGGGUUUAUACAUGUCUUACCAGACGCUUUUGAGAAUUUAACAUCACCAUGUCUGAAAGAAAAUCCAUGGGGUUUUCCAUUUACUGGUUUUAUAGCUAUGAUGUCUGCUAUUGGUACAUUAAUGGUGGAUACGUUUGCAACUAGUUAUUAUAAGAGAUCACACUUUAAUAAAGCUUUACCAGUUACAAGAGAUGAAGAACAAAUUGGUGAACAUGCUGGUCAUGUUCAUGUCCAUAGUCAUGCUACUCAUGGUCAUGCUCAUGGUUCUGCUUUCCUUGAUUCAUCUGCUCAUGAUACUUCUGAUUCUUCUUCUUCAGAACUUAUUCGUAAUCGGGUGAUCUCACAAGUAUUGGAGUUGGGUAUUGUGGUUCACUCAGUAAUUAUUGGAAUAGCUUUAGGUGCUUGUCAAAGCCCUUCUACAAUAAAACCCCUAGUUGCUGCCUUGACAUUUCAUCAGUUUUUUGAAGGCAUGGGACUUGGUGGUUGCAUCUCUCAGGCAAAGUUCAAGAGUAAAGCAGUUACUAUUAUGGCAUUGUUCUUCUCACUAACUACCCCAUUCGGUAUCGGAAUUGGUAUAGGAAUAUCAAAUGUUUACAAUGAGAAUAGCCCAACUGCUCUUAUCGUCGAAGGUGUUUUCAACUCUGCAUCGGCUGGCAUAUUAAUCUACAUGGCUCUUGUUGAUUUACUUGCUGAAGAUUUCAUGAAUCCAAGAAUGCAAACCAAUGGUAGACUUCAGUUAGGUGCUUAUAUUUCACUUCUGCUGGGAGCAGGUUGUAUGUCUCUUUUGGCUAAGUGGGCUUGAAACUGUAUCUUGUUAGGUUUGAAAAAAAGCCGAGGCAUUUUAUGUUUGGCGAAAGUGGGUUUGUCAUUUGUAGGUUGAGGAUAACAACAUAAGUAUGGUUCAUGUUGAUAUCAGUACUCUAGUAUGAGCUGUGUGCUGCGACUACACUGGUGUUAGGUCCAUUUUUUUUUUUUUUUUUUUUUUUUAUGUUUGUUCUUGCUUUGUGUUUCGCAGGAAAGGGAACAAAAGAUUGCAAGGAAUAACAGCUUUUUUUUCUUUUUGCGUAGUGAUUUACCUAGUCUUUUGAUUGUCCUUGUAACUUCAAAAAUCUUAACGCGGAAAUAGUCUUUAGGAA